AUGACCAAAAUAAAGUCGGACCCAAAUGAGCCGGAGGCUCCGGCAGAGACGCCCUGCGGGGAACGCUACCAUGAACUGCUGUUCAACCUAAACCCCAUCGCGCAGCCCCUAGCUUCCCGCUGCCUCACGCAGAAGCUCUACAAGUGCAUCAAGAAAGCCGUGAAGCAAAAACAGAUUCGACGCGGCGUGAAGGAGGUUCAGAAAUUUAUCAACAAAGGCGAAAAGGGGAUCAUGGUUUUGGCAGGAGACACACUUCCUGUGGAGGUAUACUGCCACCUUCCAGUUAUGUGUGAGGACCGGAAUCUGCCCUAUGUUUAUAUCCCUUCUAAA